ACUGUGGACCCGGAGCCCUUGAGACUCGACUCUGACUUGAUUCAGCUCCGCGGUGGUCAGUGAUGCAUGUGUUUGACAGUAGAUGGAUCAACAGUGGAAUAAAUCGUGUUUUCUCUCAACCAUCCAGGUUCUUCCUCUCCAUCCUGACGACUCACGUGAAGAAGAGCGUCCCCGAGCUGGAGGUCGCUCUGCAGAAAGUCCACGAGCUGAGAGUGAACCCUCCAGCUGAUCCUGGGUCUGUGAGCGCUGAAGAGGCUCUGAAGUACCUCCUGUUCCUUGUCAACGUGAACGACCUCUACGAACACUCGCUGGGAACGUACGACUUCGACCUGGUGCUCAUGGUGGCCGAGAAAUCACAGAAGGACCCCAAAGAGUACCUUCCCUUCCUGAACAUGCUGAAGAGUCUGGAGCCGAACUACCAGCGCUACAGCAUCGAUAAACACCUGAAGCGCUACAGGAAGGCUCUGCAGCACCUCAGCAGGGCGGGCGCAGAGCAUUUCCCAGAAGCCCUGCAGCUGGUGAAGGAGCAGAAACUGUACAGUGAAGCUCUGAGACUCUACUCUGCAGACCCUCCUCACUACAAGGCUCUGAGCUGUGUGUACGCGGACCACCUGAUGCAGAACCAGCAGAUGGAGCAGGCUGGUUUGCUGCUCUCUGUGAACCAGCCUUACCUUGAGAACAUAAAAGCUAAUUCAUACCUUCCUCUCUGGGAGGACAACAAUCAGGGACGCGCCGCCUCCCUCCUGCCCCUGUGCAUCCUUAAAAGGCUUCCCCAGCUGGCAUCUCUCUUGAUGAUGAGUGUUUAUUUCCGAGUGUCCUGCUCUCCAAACAUUUCCCCCACCGUGGCCUCCCCCGCUGGUCGGCCAACACGCAGCCUGGCACUCAGGGGCACGGCUGACUGGUUCGGGGUGAGCAAAGACAGCGACAGCACCCAGCGAUGGCGGAGGAAGAGCCUGCAGCACUGCAGCCAUCUGUACGGGGGUCUGAAGCCUCAGGUGAUGAGGGAGAUGGAGCUCCACAGCCAGGACAACCUGUCCCUGCUGUCUGCCCGCCUCACCGGCUCUGAGUCUCGGUGUGACUGCAGUAAUAUCCCCGGUCCUCCACCCACGCUGCUGCUGCUGCCGGCUGAUGAGAGACAGCUCUCAGCCGGGACACCCCGAGCCGCAUACCGGUGA